GUGGUUUAAGGCUUAAUAAAAAGGCACCCAAACUUCGAUGUGGGGCACAAUAAACUAGCUCCUAUAGAUUCAUUGACUUCAACCAAUUUUUUUUGUACCUUUUUACUUCAUAAAAAUGUCGGUUAGUUGUGUCGCUCUGUCCCGGAAUGUCUUGUCUGCGAGGAACUCUGGCAUGACGCUGAUGGUACGUCAUGCCCAGACGGCGGCGGCCCCGGCUCCUGAGCCCAGGAUCAAGAAGUUCCAGAUCUACCGCUGGGACCCGGACACAGCCGGGGACAAGCCCAGGAUGCAGACGUAUGAAGUGGACCUCAACACCUGUGGUCCCAUGGUCCUGGACGCUCUCAUCAAGAUCAAGAACGAGCUGGACCCCACGCUGACCUUCCGACGUUCCUGUCGCGAGGGGAUUUGUGGCUCCUGUGCCAUGAACAUCAACGGUGGCAACACUCUGGCGUGCCUCAACAAGAUCGAUGGCAAUGCCAACAAGGCCACCAAGAUCUACCCGCUCCCACACAUGUACGUGGUCAAGGACCUGGUGCCUGAUAUGAGCAACUUUUACGCACAGUACAAGUCCAUCGAGCCCUACCUGAAGAAGAAGGAUGAGUCCAAAGAGGGGAAGGACCAGUAUUACCAGUCUGUGGAGGACAGACAAAAGCUGGACGGCUUGUACGAGUGCAUCCUGUGUGCUUGCUGCAGCACCAGCUGUCCCAGUUACUGGUGGAAUGGCGACAAAUACCUGGGACCUGCUGUUCUCAUGCAGGCGUACCGCUGGAUGAUCGACUCCCGGGACGAGUUCACAGAGGAGCGUCUGUCCAAGCUGCAGGACCCCUUCUCCCUUUACCGCUGCCACACCAUCAUGAACUGCACCAAGACCUGCCCCAAGGGACUCAACCCGGGAAAGGCCAUCGCAGAGAUCAAGAAAAUGAUGGCCACUUACAAGGAGAAGAAAGCUGCGGUGUCGUGAGCGCCGGACCAAAACCAAAGGACUUCUUUUAUCUUUGCCAGGUUCAUUUUCACAUCUCGGGGGCCGAGAUCAAAGCUGCAGGACCAACUUUCAACCUCUCCUGUCAAAUAGUAAUAACACAUCAUCCAAAAGCCUCCAUGAUAGCGAAGGAUAACCCACACAAGAUGGCGGAAGUAGCUGAGUGCAGAUGUCUCCAAAGUCUGGGGUCAUAGUGGAGCAUGGAUUUUUUUCAUUAGCUCUCUACACCAAUCGACAUAAGUUUGGCUUGCACUACACGUCAUUUGUGUCCGCGUGUGAUGAAAUAUAACCACAUUUUCACAGUAGGUACCUCAAUUGUUUCAUUUAGGGUAGGGUACAACACCGCAGACUGCUUGCAAGUUGAUCACAUUUAGACAAACAACCAUUUACUCUACACUCCAUUAUUUCCUGAAGAAGAAAACAUUUCGCCCCUCCCCUCACUCUCUGCCCCGACUAUAAACAGUAUAAUUUGUCUAUGAAAUGGUUAUAAGUACACCUCUGCAUAACAUUGUAUCUGUUUUAACUUGAAAGAAGACAACAAAGAAAUAUAGAUCAAAUUUCAUCAAAGAAUAACUUUAUUAAUACUUUUUUUUAAUCAACUGGCCUGAAAUUAUAAAACCUAUAAUUAAAUUUUUUUAAUUAUUUCGACCAACUUUGAAAACAAAAAUAAAAUGAAAUGAACUCAAUAAAUACUACAUUCAAAUUAAUUAGCAACAUAAACCCAAGAGCACAUUAUAUUAAACACUUGAAUCUAUAAUAGAACAAUUUGCUGAUUUUUAAUAAUCAAAAUGAGGAAGUCCGGAUUAAUGGCUGCGUGGAGCACGUUUUGUAGUGCACAGCUUUUCGAAGCGGGGUUUGAAGGAUGCUAUCGCAUGAUACUGAUGAAGCAUGUUCCCCAGGAGCUUUGAGAAGAACUGAAUGAACCUAUCAUGCAAAUCCAAACCAGCAAAGGUACACACAAAUUCCACACAAUAACUGGAACAGUUCUACCAUAUAAGUAAACGUAUUUAUGCUGUAAAUAAUUACAUCAUAUAUGUACUCAUUAAAUGUGUUCUGUCAUUACUCUACUGUA